AGGGGGAGGAGGAGAAAGCUGCCGGUGUGCUCGUGCUCGCAGCUCCCCCUCUUUUAACCGUCAAUCCUACAAGCAGUCGGGUGCCACCGGAGUACCCGGGGCUGUGGACUUAUUUUCCCCCGGGAAUCAGUAUUGGACACCAACAAACUCUCUAAGAAGAUGUUCUUCUUUCUGCUGCCUGUCGUGGCUCUCUUGCUAAGCAGAGAAACGACGGUCUCCGGUAACAGUAACGACAAAUGGCUGAGCACCGUGUCUCAGUACAACAAGGACAGACCCUGGAACCCAUUCAGAGAUGAUGACUACUUCAAAAGCUGGGCUCCUGCCAAGUCUCUAGACCAAGAGCGACAGGCUGAACCUGGCCGAAACGAAGACCCGGGAACUAAAGCUCACUCCAGCUCGGCUAAAAAGGCAGCACAGGAAGGUCCAGAUGCCACCAAAGAUCCCUGUCUGAAGGUGCGAUGCCCUCCUCAUAAAGUGUGCGUUAGCCAUGACUACCAGACAGCCAUAUGCACCAAUCACAAACAGCCAACUCACAGUGUGAAACCCAGGAAAGGUAGUGCAAGCCAUAAGCACAGAGUUGAAGCUGUUACUCAUGGGAAAUGUAGGCUCUGCUCAGCAAUCCAGUCAAGUCCUGUGUGUGGAUCUGACGGCCACACCUAUUCCUCCAAGUGCAAGUUGGAGUUUCAGAGCUGCCUGUCUGGGAAGUCCAUCUCAAUAAGAUGUGAUGGGCUGUGUCCCUGUUUGCCCGGUCAGGAGCUCAGCAAAGCAUCACAUAGGACUGAUAAUGCUGCAUGCACCGACACAGAGCUGCACAGCCUGGCUGCCAGACUCAAGGACUGGUUCGGAGUUCUCCAUCUUGAUGCCAACAGAGACCUCAAAUCCUCUGACAGCUUUGACUCUGCCGCUGGACACUUUGACACCAGCAUCUUGCCCAUCUGUAAGGACUCACUGGGCUGGAUGUUCAACAAGCUGGACAUGAACUUUGACCUCCUUCUGGACCAAUCAGAGCUGAGUGCCAUUUACUUGGACAAGUACGAGCUGUGCAUGAAGCCCCUCUUCAACUCAUGCGACUCCUUCAAGGAUGGCAAGCUGUCUAACAACGAGUGGUGCUACUGCUUCCAGAAGCCUGAUGGACUGCCGUGCCAAAGUGAGAAGAGCCGGAUCCAGAAUCAGAGUCGAAGAAAGGGCCUCAUAGGCUCUUAUAUUCCUCGCUGUACAGAGGAGGGUUACUUCAAACCGACCCAGUGUCACGGCAGCACCGGCCAGUGUUGGUGUGUGGACAAAUAUGGCAAUGAGAUAGCUGGCUCUAGGAAACAAGGCAACCCAAACUGCGAUGAGGACCAGGAGACAUCGGGGGAUUUCGGCAGCGGCGGUGCAGUCAUUCUCCUUGAUGACCAGGAGGAGGAGCCAACACAGACUGGGAGGAGCCGGCAGAAGAAGAGACGGGGCCGGAUUCACCCCCGAGGAGCCAUCGAGGACGACGAGGAUGAGGAAGACGACAAGGAUGACGAGAUGGGCUACGUUUGGUAGCUCUGCUCCAUUUAAUUCUGCCAUCAGCCGACCAGGAAACUCCCGUUAACUCAGCACAGCUCUGAAGCCAUUCCAGUCUCUCCUCCUCCUCCUUGGCUGCUGUCCAUCUUUUGACUCCUGAACUCCUGUCCCUGAUCCAUAUCUCUUACUUCAGUGAACCUCAUCUGACCUCUUAUGUUCAAGUGUUUCACUCUUUUCCAGAAAACAGAGGGACUAUUAGAUAUAAAGACCCUGUCUGCCCACUUUCUCCCUCUACUUCCCCCAGAACCUGUGAUCUUUAACCUCCCAAAACAUGGACACACCUCUUUAUAUUCUCCAUCAUUCCCUCUUUCUCUGAUCCUCCCCGCCCUCCUUUACCUGUAUUUCCAUGUCAGAGCCUCUGGUCAGUCUGUGAGCCCUGAUACAUUAGCUGGAUGUAAAUAUGUUCCAUCUGGGAAGGCCAGGUUGUGGAUUCCCUUCCCUGUACUUCCAUCAGCGUUUCAUUCUCAUGUUCUGUGUUCCUCUGUUGGGCUUCUUCCAGUCUUCAGAGAUGUUACCAUACCACAUUCCCAGGCUCUGAUAUGCCCCCCCCCUCUCUUUCUCUCUCUCUCUCUGUUUCUCCAUGGAGGAUUGUAAAUUAUUUAUCCGUUGAUCUUGAAUGUCCCAGGAAGCCCAGGAAGCAAUGAGAUUAAAGAUGUAUUGUCGUUGUUGUUGCAUGUUUCUCAUCGUGUUUCUGUAAAAGAGAGAUUUACCUGGUAAGGUCUAGCUCUAUGCAUCUCAAACAGAAAGUGAUGCCUAUUUGGCUGCUACGAAACUUUGUUGCUAUGUUGAUGCUGUCUAGUGUCUUUUUUGGUUUUCUUCUCCCAAUCUCAGGAGGUAGGAGCGAUAGUAGUGUAGGAAAGUGAACUGCAAUCCCUACAGUCCAAAUCGGCUAUGCUUUCACUUAAGUAGGGCUGCUGAGGCUGUUUGACUGACUGUGCACGGACACUAGAGGAAGAAGCUGCUCCUGAGCUGGGAGGACACGUGUGGGUGAGCAGAGAAGAGGAUCUGUUCGGCCUCCCGACAUUGCAUAUGUUCAGUGAAAAGUUAAAAAUUGAAAUCUUCACUAUGACAACCAAGUGAACUUUUAUUUGUAACUUUGAAAAUUUAAGUAAAGUGGCACUUUGGGUGUCUUUUGAACCUUA